CCCCCCCACCCCUCCCGCCUCCGGAACGGCCGGAGACUUGAGCCAGCCGGACGCCCCUUCUGGCACACUCCUGGGGCAAGCGCGAGCGCACACUCCCCUUUCCUCGCUGGCGCUCCCUCUCGCCUCGCUCCCUCCGGAUCACCCUCUCGCUCGCUCGCUCUCCACCGACUCCCUCCGGGUGCUGCGCUCGCUCCCACCUGCUCCGAGGAGCCCUCCGCUCCCGGACGCGCCCAGCUUAGCGCGCUUCCUAGACGACCGGACCGUCGCAGCCCCGGCAGGCAGCGUGCUCUCGGGGCUGCCGCUGCGACCCACCCCGGCCCUCGCUCUUGCUCUGGCUCUCUGGAUGUCCGCGAUUCGCCCCUGAGCCCCAGGACUGCGAGCAGAACAUGGUGACAGCGCUGUCCCGCCGCCGUUGCGCUCGCUGAGGCCAUGCCCGGCUCCCGACGCGUCCGUCCGCGCCUGCGGGCGCUGCUGCUGCUGCCACCUCUGCUGCUGCUCCGGGGCGGGCACGCGGGGGACCUGACGGUGGCCGUGGUGUUGCCGCUGGCCAACACCUCAUACCCGUGGUCGUGGGCGCGCGUGGGGCCGGCCGUGGAACUGGCUCUCGAGAAGGUGAAGGCGCAGCCGGACUUGCUGCCGGGCUGGACGGUCCGCAUGGUGCUGGGCAGCAGCGAGAACGCGGCGGGCGUCUGCUCCGACACCGCUGCACCGCUGGCCGCGGUGGACCUCAAGUGGGAGCACAGCCCCGCGAUGUUCCUGGGCCCCGGCUGCGUGUACUCCGCUGCCCCGGUGGGGCGCUUCACCGCGCAUUGGCGGGUGCCGCUGCUGACCGCCGGCGCCCCGGCUCUGGGCAUCGGGGUCAAGAACGAGUACGCGCUGACCACGCGCGCGGGGCCCAGCCACGUCAAGCUGGGCGAUUUCGUGGCUGCGCUGCAUCGACGGCUGGGCUGGGAGCACCAGGCGCUGGUGCUCUACGCGGAUCGGCUGGGCGACGACCGGCCUUGCUUCUUCAUAGUGGAGGGGCUGUACAUGCGGGUGCGUGAGCGCCUCAACAUCACAGUGCAUCACCAGGAGUUCGUCGAGGGCGACCCCGACCACUACACCAAGCUACUGCGGGCCGUGCGGCGCAAGGGCAGAGUUAUCUAUAUCUGCAGUUCUCCUGACGCCUUCAGGGCUCUGAUGCUUCUGGCCAUGGAUGCCGGCCUGACUGGGGAGGACUAUGUUUUCUUCCACUUGGAUGUGUUUGGGCAAAGCCUCCAGGGUGCUCACGGCCCUGCUCCCCAAAAGCCCUGGGAAAAAAGAGAUGGGCAGGACAGCAGUGCCCGGCAGGCCUUUCAGGCUGCCAAAAUCAUUACUUACAAAGAGCCAGAUAAUCCUGAGUACCUGGAUUUUCUGAAGCAGCUCAAACUCUUGGCUGACAAGCAGUUCAACUUCACCAUAGAGGAUGGCCUGGAGAAUAUCAUCCCAGCAUCCUUCCAUGAUGGGCUCCUGCUCUAUGUCCGGGCAGUAACAGAGACUCUGGCACAGGGGGGAACUGUCACUGACGGGGAGGACAUCACUCAGCGGAUGUGGAACCGAAGCUUCCAAGGUGUGACAGGAUACCUGAAAAUUGAUAGCAAUGGAGAUCGGGAGACCGACUUCUCCCUCUGGGAUAUGGAUCCAGAAACAGGCGCCUUCAGGGUCGUCCUGAACUAUAAUGGGACUUCCCAGGAGCUGAUGGCUGUGUCAGAACGCAAAUUAUACUGGCCGCUGGGAUACCCGCCUCCUGACAUCCCUAAGUGUGGCUUUGACAAUGAGGACCCAGCCUGCAACCAAGACCACUUUUCCACACUGGAGGUUCUGGCGUUGGUGGGCAGCCUCUCUCUCAUUAGCUUUCUGAUUGUGUCCUUCUUCAUAUACAGGAAGAUGCAGUUGGAGAAGGAGCUGGCCUCAGAGUUGUGGCGGGUACGCUGGGAGGAUCUGCAGCCCAGCAGCCUGGAGAGGCAUCUUCGGAGUGCUGGCAGCCGGCUGUCCCUGAGCGGGCGAGGUUCCAAUUAUGGCUCCCUUCUGACCACAGAGGGCCAGUUCCAAGUCUUUGCCAAGACAGCAUACUAUAAGGGCAACCUCGUGGCUGUGAAACGUGUGAACCGGAAACGCAUUGAGCUGACACGAAAAGUCCUGUUUGAACUUAAGCAUAUGCGAGAUGUGCAGAAUGAACACUUGACCAGGUUUGUGGGUGCCUGUACCGACCCCCCGAACAUCUGUAUCCUCACAGAGUACUGUCCCCGUGGGAGCCUACAGCAGGACAUUCUAGAGAAUGAGAGUAUAACUCUGGACUGGAUGUUUCGGUACUCACUCACCAAUGACAUUGUCAAGGGAAUGCUCUUUCUACACAAUGGGGCCAUUUGUUCCCAUGGGAACCUCAAGUCGUCCAACUGCGUGGUAGAUGGGCGCUUUGUGUUAAAGAUCACGGACUAUGGGCUCGAGAGCUUCAGAGACCCGGAGCCAGAGCAAGGACACACCCUCUUUGCCAAAAAAUUGUGGACCGCACCUGAGCUCCUGAGAAUGUCUUCCCCGCCUGCCCGUGGCUCCCAAGCUGGUGACGUAUACAGCUUUGGCAUCAUCCUUCAGGAGAUUGCCCUCAGGAGUGGGGUCUUCCAUGUGGAAGGUUUGGACCUCAGCCCGAAAGAGAUCAUUGAGCGUGUGACUCGGGGUGAGCAGCCCCCAUUCCGACCCUCCAUGGCUCUGCAGAGCCACCUAGAGGAACUGGGGCAGCUGAUGCAGAGGUGCUGGGCAGAGGACCCACAGGAGCGGCCACCCUUCCAGCAGAUCCGCCUGGCACUACGAAAGUUUAACAAGGAGAAUAGCAGCAACAUCCUGGACAACCUGCUGUCACGCAUGGAGCAGUAUGCGAACAACCUGGAGGAACUGGUAGAGGAGAGAACACAGGCCUACCUGGAGGAGAAGCGCAAAGCUGAGGCCUUGCUCUACCAGAUUCUGCCUCACUCUGUGGCUGAGCAGCUGAAGAGAGGCGAGACAGUCCGGGCGGAGGCCUUUGACAGUGUUACCAUCUACUUCAGUGACAUCGUGGGCUUCACAGCGCUUUCGGCGGAGAGCACACCCAUGCAGGUGGUGACCCUGCUCAAUGAUCUGUAUACCUGUUUUGAUGCUGUCAUAGACAACUUUGAUGUGUACAAGGUGGAGACCAUUGGCGAUGCUUACAUGGUGGUGUCAGGGCUCCCAGUACGGAAUGGACAGCUCCACGCCCGAGAGGUGGCCCGAAUGGCGCUUGCUCUGCUGGAUGCUGUACGCUCCUUCCGCAUCCGCCAUAGGCCCCAGGAGCAGCUGCGCUUGCGCAUUGGCAUCCACACAGGUCCUGUGUGUGCUGGUGUUGUAGGGCUGAAGAUGCCCCGAUACUGCCUCUUUGGAGACACAGUCAACACAGCUUCAAGAAUGGAGUCCAAUGGAGAAGCCCUCAAGAUCCACUUGUCUUCUGAGACCAAGGCUGUGCUGGAGGAGUUCGAUGGUUUCGAGCUGGAGCUUCGAGGGGAUGUGGAAAUGAAGGGCAAAGGCAAGGUUCGGACCUAUUGGCUCCUGGGGGAGCGGGGGUGUAGCACAAGAGGCUGACCUAAAUCUCCUGCCGUCCCUCUCUCUCAUCACCUCCCUUCCCUGUGCCGGAGAUGACAGAGGCCCCCAGCUUCCACCUCUCCCACAGCAGCCGAACCACUGCAGAAAGAUUAGGGACCUGAGCUGUGUUCCAGCAGUCACCAGCUGUGACCUCUGAGAGAGGAUGGAGAUGGUGGGGCCUGGAGGGGACCCCGUGAAACUCACAGGGCUGACUGAAAUACACAGUCACUCCCGGUGGCACACUCGGAGCACACGUACCCUGUCCCACCCUUCCUCAGCUGCCAAGGUUGGGAAGGCGACUCCUUGUCCUCCCUCAACUCUGCGCCACUGUAACUUUUAUAGGGAGGGAAAUCGCCACCUGAGGGAAAUUGAAAAAGAGACUCUAGGCAGGCGUUUGCAGGAGGUGAGCAGUCACGGGUCACAAAUCCUCCCCUCACUCCCAUCCCACCCCACCCCACAGACCUUGCACACAGUGCACCAGGGAGAAGAAGGCCUGUGGUCUCCAUGCCUUUGCUUCUCCUAUGAGCAAAAACCAUUAAAGUCUUCCUUCCUA